CUGAUCACCAUGAGAUUGCACUUUCUACCACUUGUCGCGCUCUGCGCGACUACCGCCAGCAGCCUUGCUUUCGAUUCUUCUACCAGCCAGCCACCAGGCGCCCAAGUAUACUCUGUCAACGAUGCAGCCGGGCUCAAAAGGAUCGGCGCCCAUCAUCCAAAAUAUCAUGAUAGGCGGACGGUGACGAUCCGCUCUUCGCAUAAUGAUACGGAUGACGUGUCGGCUGAUUUCCUCUGGGGAAUUCGUCGCGCGAACCAUGGCGGUAGAUUGCUUCUAAAGAAGGGGCAGAAGUAUGUCAUUGGAAGGAAGCUUGAUCUAUCUUUUUUAGAUAAUGUUGAGGUGCAGUUGGACGGCGAGUUGAAGUUCACUGACGACGUGCCGUACUGGCAAGAGAAUAACUUUUACUACGAUUUCCAGAAAUCGAUCUCAUUCUGGCGAUGGGGAGGGCACGAUGUCCGCAUCUUUGGAAGGGGAACGCUGAAUGGAAACGGGCAGCGGUGGUAUAACGAGUUUGCCGGGCAGGAGAUCUUGGACCCUGACAACACAUACUACCGGCCUAUCCUCUUCGUAGCAGAGAACGCAACCCGUCUCUCGGUUGAAGGCAUCACGGAGCUCAACUCGCCGUGCUGGACAAAUUUCCUCGUAAAUAGCAAAGAUAUCUCGUUCGAUAACGUUUUCAUCAAUGCCUAUUCCACAAAUGCGUCGGCCGAACCAAAAAACACAGAUGGAUUCGACUCACUUAACGUCAAUGGACUGUCCGUGACUAAUACCCGUGUCGAUAUUGGAGACGACUGCUUCUCGCCGAAACCUAACACUACCAACAUCUUUGUGCAGAAUCUGUGGUGCAAUAACACUCACGGCGUCUCCAUGGGAAGUAUAGGGCAAUACCCGGGUGUUCUAGACAUUAUUGAGCACGCGUAUAUUGAAAACGUCACACUUCUUAAUGGCGAGAACGGCGCCCGUCUCAAAGCAUGGGCCGGCGAGGACGUCGGCUACGGCCGCAUCAAUAACAUCACAUACAAGAACAUCCAUGUUGAAAACACUGAUUACCCCAUCGUCCUAGACCAGUGCUACUUCAACAUUCCGGCGGACGAGUGCGCGAGCUACCCGUCACAAGUCAACGUCACGAACAUCGUCUUUGAGAAUGUGUACGGAACGUCGUCUGGGGCCGAAGGGAACGUCGUUGCUGAACUCAUUUGUUCACCCAAUGCGAUCUGUGAGGAUAUCAAGCUGAAGGGCAUUAAUCUCACGACGCCCGAGGGAGAAAAGGGGGUCGUUGUUUGUGAUGGGAUUUCUGGAGGCGUUGGAGUUGAAUGUCAGUCUUCAGAGUAAGCAAUUGGUGGUUGUGGGAACACUUAUGCCAGUGAAAUUCCUCCAAAAAUUGCCUUCUUUUAUUGUUCGCUUUCAGCUUGAUAUAACUGCUUUGUCUUCCUGGGCCAUCUGAUGUAUGGUUUCAACGUAUGGAUGAAGUUCUAAAUGGGCAGAUUGUGAUCAAGCAUUGAUAGGACUUGAGAUAGGAAAGGUGCGGUUCAGGUAUACACUGUUCGUGAGCAGUUAGAAUGUCUUAGCAUGAAAGAGCCUGAGUACUGCGGUGAGUGACAUGUGCUCAGAGCUGUCUGGUU